UGAUUGGGGUCGACCGGCCGUGCGCGCGCGCCACGGUGGGCGGAGCCCGGGCACCUCGUCGUCCCACUUCAGAGAGAGAUUACGGCGACAAUUGAGUCAGAGGGGGGAGAAGAACACAUGCCAUUGACGCCGUGCGGAGGGAAGAAGAAGAAGAAGAAGAAGAAGAAGAAGAAGAAGAAGGCGGACGGACGUGGCGGGGCAGAGCACAGCACAGCAGAGGCGGGACGACGCGCCGCGGCAGCCAGCGGAGCCAAGCGCAGUGUGGAGAUAUUUGGAGUUGGAGGACACUGACACUUGUCUGGUAAGACCCCGACAGGCUGCCGCAGAUACUCAGUUCAAUCAAACACUGACCGACCCAAACCUGGAGGACCAUCAACACCACCUGACAUCGGAGACCAAAGAGAAGCAGUUGAUGCCAUCGAAUUAGAGAGAUCCCAGAUCCCAGGAGAAAAUUAGAAACCUCACUCCCAUAGCACAAACAUUCACACGGCCUCAAACAUUAGCAAAUCUCAACAGACAGAUUAUUACAUACACACCAAGGCACACACGCAGACAUGAGUGAAGAUAAACCAAGCGAGACAGUGGAAACUGCCCCUGCUGAGUUGAUCGCUAUUCCUAACGGGAAAGGCCAUGAGCCUGGUGAGGACAUCGCAGCAUCGGCCAAAACCCCAGCGGCAGAGGACAGUGAAAAGGAAACUGUACCCAAUAGUGCUCAGGAUGCGAGUCCUCACAGAACUGAGAACGCUGGGGCCAACCUCCCGGAGAGCCAGGAGUUCUUAUCGGCCACAGAGGACAAGAAGACGCAACGCUUCACGGACUUUGAAGGGAAAACCUCGUUCGGGAUGUCGGUCUUCAACCUGGGCAAUGCUAUCAUGGGAAGUGGAAUUCUUGGUCUGGCCUAUGCCAUGGCCAACACAGGGGUCGUCCUGUUUUUGGUUCUUCUGACAGUGGUGGCACUCCUCUCAUCAUAUUCCAUCCAUUUACUGCUGAAGUGCUCUGGCAUCGUCGGUAUUCGUGCGUAUGAGCAGCUCGGUUACAGAGCCUUUGGGACCCCGGGGAAGAUGGCGGCAGGUAUUGCCAUCACACUGCAGAACAUUGGAGCCAUGUCCAGUUACCUGUACAUAGUCAAGUAUGAGUUUCCUCUCGUCAUCCAGGCCUUUCUGAGGGUGGAUAAACCUGCAGGUGAAUGGUACCUGAAUGGAAACUACCUCGUGAUCAUUGUAUCUAUCUGUGUGAUAUUACCACUGGCUCUCAUGAAACAGCUAGGAUACCUGGGAUAUACGAGUGGCUUCUCUUUGACCUGCAUGGUUUUCUUCCUCAUAUCGGUCAUCUACAAGAAGUUCAACAUCCCCUGUCCAUUUGUGGACUUUUCGUUCAAUGGCACUGCCAGUGUGCUGAACACCAGUGCUAUGGAUCCCGGUGGGGAGGAAAACCCUGCUUGUAUUCCCAAAAUGGCCAACCUCAACUCACAAACGGCCUACACCAUCCCCAUCCUGGCGUUUGCCUUUGUGUGCCACCCCGAGGUCCUGCCCAUCUACACAGAGCUGCGCAAUCCUACCAAGAAAAAGAUGCAGCAUGUGGCCAACAUCUCCAUUGCAGUCAUGUACGGCAUGUACUUCCUGGCUGCUCUUUUUGGAUACCUAACUUUCUAUGGUGAAGUGGAAGCAGAACUGCUUCACACCUACAGCCGUAUUGACCCGUAUGACACUUUGAUUCUGUGUGUGCGCGUUGCGGUGCUCACUGCUGUCACACUCACUGUACCCAUUGUGCUCUUUCCUGUACGGAGAGCAAUUCAGCAGAUGGUGUUCCCCAACAAGACCUUCAACUGGCCUCGCCACAUCGCCAUCGCCUUCGUUCUGCUCACUUUCAUCAACCUGCUGGUCAUCUUUGCCCCCAACAUCCUGGGCAUCUUUGGGAUCAUUGGUGCCACAUCUGCUCCUUGUCUCAUAUUCAUCUUCCCCGCUGUCUUCUACAUUCGUAUUGUACCCAAAGAAGAGGAGCCAAUGCGCUCGGUGCCCAAAAUCCUGGCUGUCUGUUUUGCCGGGAUAGGCUUCCUGUUUAUGAUAAUGAGUCUCAGCUUUAUCAUCAUUGAUUGGACAUCGGGCAGCAGUAAAGCCAGCAGUGGUCACUAGGCACCACCUUCCUCUCUUCUUCUUUUUUUAAAGAUUUUAUAUUGUUGAUUUAGACCUGUGUUGUAAUGUUACAGUGUUUUCUCUGGAUCAUGUUUGAUGUUAAAGAUGCCCUAUGUCUUUAUUCAGAAAAAGUCUAGAGCUCAGGACAGACCUCUGUCCCUCUGCAAAUGCUCUCGCUCUAAUGACAUCAUGUUGUACUGUACAUCCUGCCAAACAGUGCACAUCCAGGCCAGUAGAUUUUCUCGGAAAGCUGAACGGGAAUUCACUGAGAGGCUAGGUGCAUAAAGAUUAAUGUUGACACUUGGAGGCUGUGCCUUGGGACAUGGAUGUAAAAAAAGAAAACUCUAAAAAACAAACAAACAAACAGUCAUGUAACAAUGUAGGAUGCUGCUGUCUCUAUACACCACCCCUUGCUGUCCCUGUCUUCUCUUAAAGUAUCUAUAAUCUGUAAACUGCUACUGGGAUUAGAAUACACAAUCUGACGAAGCUCGCUUAUAACUGUUUUGAAUGAUAGAACAUUCUCAUAGACGAUUUUAUGUCUUAAUUAUAUUAUGAUUAUGAUUAUUAUGAUUAUUAUUUUAAGUUUAUUGAAUAAUUAUAGCAUUUCUGUGCACCUGCAGGAGAAAGUGAUAGUGAAAGCUAUUGUACAGAUUGAGAGAUCACUUAAAGGAUUAGUUCAAAGUUAUGGGAAAUGUAAUAACUAGCUUUCCUACUUGGAUAAGAAGCUUGACACCACUCUUACAGUAUGUGUGUACAUUAAAUAUGAAGCCACAGCAAGAUUACAUUAGAUAAGCAUAAAGACUGGAAAAUGCUGAACUAUUCCUUUAAUGUGUGUAGCCCUUAUCUCCAGCUCCACAAACUUCUGCUGCUGCUGUGUAUUUUAAGAUUUAGAGGCAUUUGAGUUCCAACCUCUGACAGAGCAGGGUGCAAAACCACUGAAGGCGUGUGGUACAGUGUUGUGAGCACAUUUAUCAUUACAUUCCUCCAUAAUAUGAUAGAUGUACUGUAUAUUUUUAUUAACAACCUCUACUUGAUGAAAACCUCAGACGAUGCAGUAUGGACUGAUGAAAAGAUCCACAGUUAGUCAGAGAGGCAGGUUACGAUCACCAUGUAAAGGAAUGCCUGUGUUAUGCAAAGAGAUUUUCAUUUUUCAGUAUUACUGUGUGCAUGACAGUGAGAAAUGGUACAGAAGACUAGUUGGAUCGUAAAUUUUGAAGCGAUAAAGAAAAUGAAGAUAAGAAAGCUACUGCUGCGUGUUUCCUCGUCAUCGAGCAGGAUGGUUAGGAGCUGGAGGAUUUGAUGUGUUGUUUCUGAACAUUCACGGGAGUAAUCAGAGAUAACCUAACGUGUAUAACACAACAACAGGGUCACUUCAUGAAGUGGAUAGUAAUAGUUUGGGAUCUGUAAAUAUUUCUGCAUCCAGCACAAACCUGAUCCCUAGCAGAAAUGAUCGACAUGGUAUUACUGUCUCGUUAACUAUCUUGAAAUGUUGGUGGUUAGAAAUAGCACUUUUCUUUGAUAAGCACAACUUCCUGUAUCUAUUAAUACAUUUAAACAGAAGAAACAUUAUAUGUAAGAAUUCGCUAGAUGUGAUUUAAAUGCAUAUCCCUUUGUAUGAUUUUAUCUCUGAUAAAUUAAAUUUAAUGUAGAUUACGAGAAAAUUAUCAAUGUAUCGAUGGUAUACUAUGGAUGUCUUCUCAAAUACUACUUGAAAUAAUGUCGUACAUAACUUUUCCCGUGAUACCCUUCGAUCAUUAGCUUCCUCCUCUGGUCUGUUUCAUAGAUAAAAUAACAAAUUAGAUGGAUAUACUGUUGGAAGUUUUCAAGUGUCCGUGUUGUUUUGAAAGAAAGAAAACAUGGCUCCACUGUAUUUGAAUUAUAUUACAUUUAUGCAUUUGUGUUGUUAAACCUGGACCUAUGACCUGAUCCCGAGUAUUAUUCAUACCUUUGAUAUAUGUUAACUGUUGUUUUAAACAUCAUGUUUAAUGUUAAAUUCGACAUAUUGGUUGAAUCUGAUUCAGUGAUGCAAUGCAGGGAGCCUGUAGAUUUUUUUUUUUGUUGGUUACAUAUAUACUUAUGUCAUAGUCAUUGGUAUAUCAUCAGUGGGUCAUUUCUGACUUCCUUGCUGCUCAUUGGCAGACAUUAAUAUACUAACUUGGAGUUGUUAGUGAACUGGUAUACUUACCUACAUUUGAUUUUUUAUUUUUAAGAUGAUAUCUUCUUACACCAGACUAAAGUGAGUGUUGUAUUUGUGUGCCCAUUUGUUACACAACAAGCCUCUUUUAAUCAAUGUUUAUUUGUUUGUAUCCAGGCCUCUGGUUAUCUGUAUGCAGAGGAAAACAUCUGAAUCAGCCACUGGGGCAUAACUAAGUGUUGUUUAAUCAAUACGUGGGUUACUUCCUGUUUUUGGGACCUGUAUUUCGUCCUCAGUGAUGUUAGUCGCCCUCUUUGUGUGAUUUAUUGAAACGUGUAAUAUUUACUAGUAACAUUAAAUACUGUAUCGACACCGGCCAGCAAUUAUAAAUAAUGUACAUAAAUGUAUACCCUUUAUAUUCUAUAUGCAUAUCUAGUUUGUAUAAUGUAAAUAGUAAUUCAAGUUUUAGUCCAAUUAAAAUAUAAAUGUAAUCAUUUUCAGAAGUGCUUUUAAACCUUUUUGUCCGUCAAUUCAUGUCUAUUUUCUUGUAUAUCCAUAUAUUUUAAUGUGUUUCUGGCAGUUAUUGUACUGUAAACAAUGUUGCAAUAAAGAUAAUGAGGUAACAUAA